UCCCUAUUUUUUCUCCUCCUGCUUAUGCUUUGUUAGAGUGGAGUACGGCUGUCAACUACAGUAUCGUGUCAUCAUUUGUAUAACACAUACAAGAGAGAGGGAUGGAGAGUAAUUAAUCGGUGCUCCCAUUACACCAUCCUCUGCACCGUCUAAAUUGCUCCUCUGUUCUACGAAACUUCAAAACCUAAACAAAAAUGUCGAAUCUGGAUGAGAAAGACAAGCAAGCCUUACAGGAUCUUGAAGAUGUCACCAGAACUGCCGAUGAAAUCCAACGACGAGUUCUAACUGAAAUUCUGUCAACAAAUGCUCAUGUUGAGUACCUGCAGCAACACGGUCUUAAUGGCUCCACAGAUGCUUCAACCUUCAAGAAUCUCAUUCCGAUUGUCUCUUACGAACACUUGAAACCAUACAUAGAUCGUAUUGUCAACGGCGAUGAUUCUCCAAUUCUAUGCGCACACCCCAUUACAGAGUUCUACACGAGCACUGGGACAUCAGGGGGAGAGCAAAAGUUAAUUCCAACGAUUGAGCAAGAGUUUGCGAGAAAGUUGUCUAUUUCUAACUAUAUGAGGCCGAGAAUGAAACAGUUGUUUCCAGGUCUUCACAAUGGCAAAGAAAUGUUCUUCAACUUCGCAAAGGUUGAAUCAAUAACUAAAGCUGGAAUUGUUGCUCGUUCGGUGUCCACAAGUUUUCUCAAAAGUCCACAUCUCAAUAAUGUGAAAGUUGAAAGUAGUUAUACGAGUCCUACUGACAUCCUUUGCUGCACAGAUGUAUACCAAAGCCUAUACUGCCAAUUGCUAUGUGGGCUCUGCCAGAACCAGAAAGUUGUUCGAGUUGGUUCUCUUUUUGCCUCCACUUUAAUUUAUAUUUUUAAGUUCCUCGAAAAUCAUUGGGUUCUUUUGGCUAAUGACAUACGAACGGGAACAAUAAACGCCAAAAUAAUGGACUCGUACGUGAGGAAAUCAGUUAUGAAUAUUCUGAAACCUGAUCCUCAGCUUGCAGAUUUUAUAGAGUCUGAAUGCAGCAAAGGAACAUGGGAAGGAAUAGUUACAAGAUUGUGGCCAAACACCAAAUUCAUUAAUGCUGUUGUGACGGGAAGCAUGUCACACUACAUUCCCCAACUUAAUUACUACUGUAAAUCUCUGCCUCUUAUUACUGUCUUCUAUGCUUCUUCAGAGUGCUUCUUUGGCAUAAAUUUGGACCCAUUGUGUAAACCUGAGGAAAUCUCCUACACUUUCAUUCCAACCGUCGCCUAUUUCGAGUUCUUGCCUGUGGACAGGACAAACGAUAGUGGAGAAGUAGGCCAAGAAUUUGUUGAUCUUGUCGAUGUCAAGUUAGGACAAGAAUAUGAGAUUGUUGUCACCACUUAUGCUGGCCUCUACCGCUAUUGCAUAGGUGACAUCGUUCGGGUGACAGGAUUUAAAAAUAAAGCUCCAAAUUUUAGAUUUGUGGGUAGGAAAAACGUCAUUUUAAGUUUGGAUGUUGAAAAAACUGAUGAAGCGGAGCUACAUAAUGCAGUUAACAAAGUUGGCAGUCUUUUGAGCUCAUUUGGGGCGAUUCUUGUGGACUAUACUAGUUACGCGGAUAGUUCAACAUUUCCAGGACACUAUGUAUUGUAUUGGGAAAUUCAAUUUAAGGAAGAAAUCUCCAUCAUUCCAUCUUCGAUAUAUGAGGACUGUUGUCUUGCUAUUGAAGAGUCCCUUAGUUCAGUAUACCGUCGAGCAAGAUCCCACCAAAAAGUUAUCAAUCCGUUGGAGAUAAAAAUUGUAGAAGCAAGAACUUUUGAUAAACUAAUGGAGCGAAUGGUUGAUCAAGGUGCCUCAAUAAGUCAAUACAAGACACCUCGAUGCGUAAAAUCUACCCAAAUCAUCGAGUUUUUGGAUUCAAAAGUUGUUGCCAAUUAUUUUAGUAAAAAAUACCCCAAAUGGGAUCCCACUCGUCCGCACCCUAAUCUUUUUGGCCCCGCUAGUUCAUUUGAUGAGAUAAGUUAAUUUGGGUAAGACUUUUGUGUAUUUCAAGUUUGUGAUUUAUUUGCACUAUUUGAGUUGUGGGUUUAAUUUAUGUGGAAGAGAUUGAUGUUUGUUUUUGGUUUUGUUUGGCUUUUUCAUCUGGAUAGAAGAUACUCAUUUUAUA